AUUAUUUACCAAUUUAACUCGCUUAAAAAACUCAGCUUUUUAGGCACAAAUAGUAAAACACUACUCCAAACUCUUCCUCUAAACCCUUCCUCCUAUUUCUUCUUCUUCAGGAAAUCAUCAUGUUGAGAUCAAAACUCUCACAGUUGUCGUCUCUACUCAGACAAAGACUUUCAAUAGGUCGGGCUACUAUAAGUAAAAGGGGUUACUUGCAAGGACCUGGCCGUGCCUAUUUUAAAACCUUGAAACCUCGUCCUCUUUCAACUUCAGCUGCGGAUACUGCUCAAGGGGAAGGAGAUAAACAAGUAAAAAAAAUAUCUGUAAUAUUCAUCGACAAGGAUGGGGAAGAGACGAAAAUCAUGGUUCCUAUUGGCAUGUCCAUGUUAGAAGCUGCCCAUGAAAAUGAUAUAGAACUUGAAGGAGCUUGUGAAGGAUCACUCGCGUGUUCCACGUGUCAUGUGAUUGUGAUGGAUACGCACAUGUACAAUAAGUUAGACGAUCCUACAGAUGAGGAGAAUGACAUGUUGGAUCUUGCCUUUGGGUUAACCGAAACGUCACGUCUUGGAUGUCAAGUGAUUGCACGGCCUGAACUUGACGGUACAUGCUUAGCAUUACCGUCUGCAACCCGGAAUUUUGCCGUUGACGGGCAUGUACCAAAACCACACUAAACAUUUUCUAAAGGUGAGCUUCCAGAUUUAUCGACAUUAUAAUGAUCGUUGAAACCCUGGUGAAUACAGAACUCAGAGUAUUAUCUUCAUGAGUGUAAAGAAGUACGUAUCUCAUUUUUGUAGUAUCUUUCUCGAUCUUAGUAGAUUAGAGAGCCAAUGUCUUCCUCAAACCCGCAUAUGUAUAAGUACAAUUCUUUAUUUAUAAUUUGUUGAAUUUUAUGUAUCUGCAUCUUCUCUCAAUAAAACACUCAUUCUGGGACAGAGC